UUCAAACUGAUACACUGAAAAGUUGCUGGUUUAUCUAACUAGACCACUUGUGUUAGCAUUUUCAUGGUGGUGAUGCUUUUAGAACAAUUAUAGGCUUUUCUUUGUGCUGUAUCACUCUGACUUAGUGGCAAUGAAGGUUACCUCUUUAGGUGAGACUGUGUGGAGUAUAACUUAACACUCCAAGAGGCCAGAUAGGUAAAAUGGCUAGUUCGGGCUGUCUCGUUUUUGUGGUUUGUACCUAUUUGUGUUUGUGUGUCUUGCUUUUCCCUAUAAAUGACGUCCCAAACCUGCAGAGCAGCGUGCAGCUUAUCCAGCUCCCUUUUCCUGUUUUUGCUGAGUCCUCACAUCACACAGGCCCUACUCUGAAGCUGCAGAGGCACAGAUCUGUGACGCUGACGCCAAGGGGUACUGUUGGAAGACCUGGCAAAAAAAAAAAACAACUAAUGAAGAAAAGAAAUGAGGUGGCUAUAGAGAGGAAGGCACAAGAGAAAAUGUUAGGUUAGAGAAAGGAGGGCAGUGAGGAAAGGAGGGAGAGUGUGUGUGGUGCAGUGGAUAGACUGUUACGACUCUGCUAGCAGCUGGAGCAGGACGAAAGGAUGCCGUUUUAAAUGCGGAGAGGGAGGACAGAAAAUAGCUGUGUUAUGUGUACGUGCGUCACAGUUUAUGUGUGACAGUCCUUCGUUUUCACUGGAGGUAUGAUUUCACGAGAGCAUAAAUUCUCUGGUAGGUAGAGCUUUGCUGUGUUUUUGCUCUGACCUCUAAAGGGUAGCUUAAAGAAACUUAGGGGUAGCUGAUUUUUUUUUCUCGAUCAUUUGGAGUGUGUUUGUAUUGUUAUGAAGCCAGGUGGCAGUGUGUAUUGUCUGAUAGGAAACACUGCGGUGGCUUCGUAUACUGUAGCUGUAUUUAGUUGUGUGUGACACCCUGUUAGCAGCAUGGAUCCUCAACAGCCUGUUUAUAGCCUGAUGAAGAGGUUCUGUCCUUGUUUCAGCCUGCUACCGCUGCCAAGUCAGGACUGGAGUAAGAGUGAUGAAAGGCUCUUGCAGGCUGUGGAGCAGAAUGAACCCGAUAAAGUCUCAGCUCUCAUUGUCAAAAAAGGUCUCUGUCCUACCAAGCUGGAUGCUGAGGGCAAGUCGGCGCUUCACCUCUCUGUAUCCCGAGGCCGGCUAGAUUGUCUGGAGGUUAUCAUCUCUCAUGGUGCAGACAUCAGCGUCACCGAUGGGGCUGGCUUCAGCGCCCUUCAUCUUGCAGCCAAAAAUGGCCAGUCUGAGUGCUUAAAGAGGCUGUUACAGGAACGAAUGGCGGUAGACUGCACGGACAGCAUUGGAAGGACACCGCUCCAUCUUGCAGCGGUCAGUGGUUGCAUGUCCUGCACUGAGACCCUGUGGGACUUUAAAGCCAAUCUGGAUGCCCAGGACACUGACGGGGCCACCCCUCUGAUAUUGGCAGCCCAGAUGAGUAGAGUGGAACUGUGUGUCUUUCUAUUGGGUCGAGGUGCAAAUGCAAACAUACAAGAUAAUCAAGGAAGGUCUGCGUUGAUGCUGGCCUGUGAGAGUGACAGCGUUGAGACUGUGGAGGCUCUGCUGAGAGGUGGGGCCAACGCACAGCUGGUCAACGGCCUCGGACACAAAGCUACCGACUACAGCGUAACCACAGGCAACCAACGUAUCAUUGAGAUGCUGCAGGAUGGAGUACCUUCAGUCUCUGAGGGCGCAGGGGAGGAGGGUGUGCCACCUUCCCAAAAGUCCCAGAGUUCAGCUCCUCCUGCCCACUCUCCAGAGCCCCAUCAGUCCCAGUCCCCACCUCCCUCUCCCCAGCCUCAAGAAACCCAGCAGUCACCCCAGGCUGAAGACGAGGAGGUGUUUGAGGAGAUUCGGCGGCUGCGACUGGAGAGAGGCCGUCUGCUCCAGAAGAUCAAAGCCUUGGAGCAGCAGCAGCAGAGUGCCCUCUCUGCCUUGGAGGAGCUUUCCCAACUAAAGAAACGUCUGGAGGAGGCAGAGGCAGAGAGGGAUAAACUGCUUGAGGAACUGAAAGCAGUCCAUGGUAUUGGGGCGAGUGACUCUGAGGACCUGGAUGAAAUGCUGGACUUCCCAGAAAAGCUGCUCUCCAAGCGCUCCAGAGCCUCCCCUGCUCAGGAUGAGGCCUCUUCUCAAACGGACAUUGACUCAGUCAGCCCCUCUCCUGCCCCUGCAGAUCCAGGAGCUGUUGCUGAGCUGCAUAAACAAAUAGAGGAACUUACUUCCCAGAAUGCUGAACUUGUUCUGAAAGUUCAGAUGUUGGAGAUGUUCGAGAAGGAUGACACAGACAUGCAGACCUCCAGUUCGGACUUUGUCCCUCUGGUUCAGUAUGAAACCCUGAGAAAAGAGUAUGAAACUCUUCAGGAGCGCUUCUCUCAGGCCCAGGCUUCAGCAGAGGCUUCAAGUGUGGAAGAGCAGCAUGAUGAUGAGCGCUCGCAGGGAGGAGCUGCAGAUUCAGAGAAUACAGAAGCUCUGAAGGAGAAGCUGCGUGAGCUGGAGGAGCAGUUGGCCUCUUCCAAAUCUGAGCUGGAGGAGCUAAAGGAGCAGAUGCGUGUCGGGGUGCUUUCUGUGGAGUGUGGUAUAGGGGAUAUUGCUGCAGCAGGUGCUGGGGCUUCAGAGGAGGGCCCGAGCCAGGAGGCAGAGCAGCUGAGAGCCAGGGUGACAGAGUUGGAGGAGGAGCUUUCUAAAAGAACGGGUGAGGCUGGGGGUCAGAGCAAUUCGGACAGUGACAUAAUCAAACAGCUGACAGAGAAAGUAAAGGAACUCCAGGCUGCUCUGGCCCAGAAGGAGUCUACAAAAGAGGAAGAGGAGAAAGAAGACAAAAUAGAAGAUACAGAAACAGUGAAGUGCCUACGUGACAACGUUGCCAAGUUGGAGGCAGCCCUGGCAGAGAGCAGGUUAUCAGAAAAAGAUGGAGGCGGAGCAGGAGAUGGAGAUCAGGUCCAUCGCCUUCAGGAGCGUUUGCACGAGCUAGAGGGAGAACUGAGGAAAUGUGUGCCCCGCUCGGAGCUGGAGGAGGUGCAGGUGAAUCUGGGACUCCAGUGUGAGCAGCUGGCAAGGGAGAGGGCGGAUGUGGCUAGAAGGCUCAACGAUGCCCUCCUGGAGCUGGAGAGACUCAGACCUCCACCACACGGAGAAGAGGAAGAUGAAGAAGAUGAGGAAGAGCAUUCAGAGAGUUCAGAGCCCUCAGUCAUAUCAGAGCACUCCAGACGCACCUUAGCAGCAGUGAGAGAAGAACUUGAAGUAGCGAGGCAGGAAGCAGCUCAGGCUCUGGAUUGUCUGUGCGCCGAGCGAGAGAGCCGGGCACAGGACGCCCUGCAGCUGAAGGACACGGUGCCACUUGCGAAACAUAAAGAGGCGCUGUCGGCGGUGUCAGAACAACUUGCUCAGACACUGCAAGAGCUCCAGGAAGAAAAAACCCUUCGGGGCCAUGCUGAGGAGCAGGCUGCCUCACUGGAGGCUAAACUGCAGGCCAUGCAGGAUGCCAUUCCCAAAGAGGAGCAUGAGAAAGUCAAGGCAGAGCUCCAGCACGCCCUGCAGGAAAGUGAGAGCGGUGCAGCAGCAGCUCGGGAUGCUCUGAGUGAGAAGGAGAUGGAACUGAGAGAGCUGAAAUCCCAGAAGGCUGCAGAACAGGGUCUGAUUUCUAAGGAGGAUCACGAGGCCCUUCGGCUCUCUUUGCAGGCUGAGAUCAACGCCGUCACGGCCCGUUUCAACGAUCUUACUCGUAAACACGAGAAGACCUGCACUGAGGUAUUCCAGGUACAAAGGGAGGCACUCUUUAACAAGAGUGAGCGGCAGGUCGCAGAGUCGCAGCUCGCCACAGUUCAAAAACAACUUGCUGAACUACAAGCCCAGUCAACCCAUAUCCAGGAACUCCACAAAGACAUCCAGGAAUCGCAGAGCCUCGUGAAAGAGAAGGACCGCAAGAUAACAGAGCUGUCAAAGGAGGUGUUCCGACUGAAAGAGGCCCUGGGGGCUCUCUCGCCUCCUCUCGGAAUCACCUCUUCCUCCUCAUCAACCCAUCAUGGUAACCCUGGACAGCAAAUGGCUCUGCAGAAUAGGAUUGCCAUCCUCACUCAACAGCUCCAGGAUUGGGAGAGAAAGCACAAACAAGUGGUGACUGUAUACCGCUCACACUUACUGGCAGCUGUGCAGGGUCGCAUGGAUGAAGAGGUGCAGCAUUUGCUACUCCAGAUCCUGAAGAUGACACACGAGGGGCACUGAAAUUUAGAGCAUCUGCAAGUUUCUCUCAGCUCCAGUCCCCUCUACAGGGCAGCAUAGCAGCUCUAUCACAGCAGCCUGUGGGACCAGUACCCAGUAUAAAGCCAAAUACAACUGAUCUGUGGUCAGGUAUAGCUGCAUGCUUGUAAUGUAGUAACCCAAACAACCGAUAGAAAAAUGGAACAUGGAGUGCCUUUAUUGUGUAGUAUGUGAGGAGUUUAUGAAAGCAGAAUGUGAAUGUGACAGAGUGGAUAUUUAGACGAUACCAGAUGCAUUGAUUUGGUUUUUUUUUAUAUAAUAGUUUUAAUUAAAAAAAGAAGAUAAAUUCUCUGCGGUUCACUGUGUUCUUUUUAAAGUGAUCCAUCAAAGAGUGUCGGUUGACUGACUCUGGGCUUAACUGUGGACCCGAUA